UGUGUGUGUGUGUGUGUGUGUGUGUGUGAUAGUGAAAGAGAGCUAGCUGGAGAAAAAAAGAGGGUGUAGAGACGAUGAAUUUAGGCAAAGGGAAGGAAAGGCGAGAAGACAAGAAAGACUAAAAGAGACUUGGAGAAGAAAAUAGUUGGUGUGGAAGUGAGUGAGUGAGAAGAUCUCGGGGCUUGAACGUUCUUGUUCCACACACCGUAUGUAUGUAUGUAUGUAUGUAUGUAUUGGUUUGAGUCGAUCACGGGAUAUAGGUAGCUUGGGUAGGGCUUGGGUAGGUAGGGAGGGUAAGGGUGCUGAAGAAUUGAUGGGGUAGAUAGAUAUCGGCGGGAAGGGAGAACAUUGAAGAUUAUGAAGAGGAAGAGGAAGAGGCGGAGAAUGGGGAGGAGGAGGAGGAGGAGAGGGUUGGUGGAGGUGGAAGAGGAUGAGGAAGAGUGCAUAUGUUUAUUAGCUCGGCUAUGCGAAAAUUCAAUGUUUGGAAAAGCCUCUUUUUCUAUCUUUUUAUACCUACAUAUAGUAUCCUACCUAUGCAUGUAUGUAGAUUCCCAUGUAGCCAUGUGCUAUGCAGACUCGAGAGGCUUAGUUAUUCUCUUUUUUUUUUAUCCCGGGAUCUUCUCUUCUCGGCUUUCUUGUGCCGCUUUUUUUUGGAUCUUCAAUCCAGUUUUCGGUUUUUGGGGGGGAUUUUUUUUUUGCGCACUACCAUGACGCAGGCCGGGGCGCACAAGUCACACUUUUUUUUUGGUCUACAACUUUACCAAGUUAUGUAGAGUAAUAUCUAGGUACUGUAUGUAUGUAUGUAUGUAGAGCUUGCUUUGCGUUGCGUCGGGGAUGGGCGAAUGGAUGCAGAUGGGC